ACUUUAUUUAUUAAUUCUUUCAUAAUAUUGUGAGUGGCCCUUGAUCAUAUAAAUUUAAGCCUCAAACACAAGGAUUUUCAUCAACAUCAAAAUCAAAGCAAUUCUUUCUGCAAACUCACUCUCAAAAUGGCACAUUUAACCAGCAAUUACCCACCAACCGGUACAUAUCCUCCUCCACCAGCACCAGCAGCAACUGGUAUAUAUUUUCCUCCUCCACCACCACCAGCACAAACUGGUACAUAUCCUCCUCCUCCUCCACCACUAGCACAAACUGGUACAUAUUCUCCUCAUCCACCCCCACCAGCACCAACUGGUAUAUAUUCUCCUCCUCCACCAACACCAGCACCAACUGGUACAUAUUCUCCUCCUCCACCACCACAUGCACCAACCGGUAUAUAUUCUACCCCUCCACCAACACCACCACUACCCGUUGCGAAUAGUGUAACAGUUAUAGGCCCCCAAUUUUGCGAGCAUACUUAUCCCGUUGAUCUUGCAAUUGUGAGAAAGUUAUUGACCAUAACUGAUGGAAACUUUGUUGUGCAAGACAUCAAUGGCAACACUCUUUUCAAAGUGAAAGGUGCCUUGUUAACCGUUCAUAAUCGCCGCGUUCUACUUGACUCAGCUGGAAAGCCCAUUGUCACUCUGCGGAAAAAGAUAAUGACAGCUCAUGACAGAUGGCAAGUCUUCAGGGGAGAGAGUAAAGAACCUAGUGAUCUAAUCUUUACUGCUAAACGAUCUUCAAUGUUUCAAUUAAAGACCAAGUUAGAUGUGUUCUUAGCAAGCAAUACAAAGGAGGAUGUUUGUGAUUUCAAGGUCAAAGGAAGUUGGUCAGAACGAUCUUGUGUUAUUCAUGCUGGCGACUCCUCCGCAAUUCUUGCCCAGAUGCACAUGAAGGACACUGCUGAAAGCAUAUUGCUGGGAAAAGACCAGUUCACGGUGACAGUUUAUCCUAAAAUCGACUAUGCAUUCGUAAUCUCUCUUAUUGUGAUUCUUGAUGCAAUUAACUCUGAAGGGAGUGCUGCUGACGUCCUUUCUGAAUUCUGACCUUGAAUUCAGAUUUUCUUUCCUCUUUCGUUUGUAUCUUCUAUUGAAAAAAAAUAAAAGAGUGGUUGAGUGAUUAUUUUCAGUGUAAUAAAAUAUUCUGCUAGUUGUCGACUUUAGACUUGCCAUAACUUGGCUUUCUGGGGCUUGAA